CACAAUUCGGCCCAAAUAUAUAUCCUGCUCAGACGACAAAAUUUCCAGUCUAUACAUGGCCACACACAACAACCCGUCUUCGCAUGGCCACAACAUUCAAGGUCGCAACAAGCAACCAGCAACCAUGGACGACCAUGGGAUGCCGACAGAUGAGUCCAUGGUAGAACUACGAGACAAUUAUGUCAAGCCUGGUCUCCGGGGCACUUUCCAGUCAAAGUAUGUCGUCCUUUGUGCCUUCGUCGUCAGGUUAGGAGGAUUUUUGUUCGGCUAUGAUCAAGGAGUCGUUUCUGUCAUCCUUGUCAUGGAUCAGUUCCUCGACCAGUUCCCUCGGGUGUCCGAGACAGCCAGUGGAGCUGGCUUUUGGAAAGGAUUCAUGACGGCCAUGAUUGAACUUGGGGCACUCAUUGGGGCAUUCAACCAAGGCUGGGUGGCCGAGAAAAUAUCCCGAAAGUACUCGAUAUGUGUGGCUGUUUGCAUUUUUGUGCUCGGUUCAAUCCUGCAGACAGCCGCACAAGACUAUGCAAUGUUGAUUGUUGGCCGGCUCAUUGGCGGUAUUGGUGUUGGAAUGCUGAGUAUGGUCGUCCCUAUGUAUAUCGCUGAAGUGUCGCCACCAGAGAUCAGAGGCACUUUGCUUGUCCUCGAAGAAUUCUCCAUUGUUUUUGGUAUAAUCUGUGCCUACUGGCUGACGUUUGGCACGCGAUACAUUGGCGGUGAAUGGUCAUUCCGACUUCCUUUCCUUCUGCAAAUCAUACCUGCUAUACUUCUCGGCAUCGCUGUCCUCUUCAUUCCCUUUUCACCCAGAUGGCUUGUGUCAAAGGGACAUGACCAAGAAGCAUUGGCCGCUCUGGUCAAACUCCGCCGGGUUCCAGCCGAUGAUCCGCGAAUUCAAGCCGAAUGGUUCGAUAUUCGAGCUGAAGUUGCAUUUCACAAGGAGGUCGCCAAAGAGAAACACCCAGACCUCGGCAUCAAUGGUCGACGGUCUCGUUGGGCUGCUAUCAAACUGGAGAUUGCAGCCUAUGCUGAUUGCUUCAAACAAGGCUACUGGCGACGCACUAUGGUUGGCAUUGGCCUGAUGUUCUUCCAGCAGUUUGUCGGGAUCAAUGCUCUGAUCUAUUACUCACCCAGCUUGUUCGAGAGCAUGAAUGUCAAUUACAACAUGCGACUAGUCCUCUCGGGUAUCCUGAAUGUCACCCAGCUUGUUGGAGUGUCGACCUCUCUUUAUACCAUGGAUCGAUUCGGUCGACGGCCGCUUUUGUUGUUGGGCAGUGUGAUCAUGACCAUUUCCCACGUCAUCAUUGCAGUCCUGGUCGGUCUAUACUUUGACAGCUGGAAUGAUCAUAAAGACAAGGGUUGGGUGGCGGUUGCGUUCCUCUUCCUAUAUAUGCUGGCCUUUGGCAUGACGUGGGGACCUGUCCCAUGGGCCAUGCCCUCCGAAAUCUUUCCCAGCUUUCUGCGAGCGAAAGGCGUGGCGUGGAGUACCUGCAGCAACUGGCUUAACAACUUCAUCAUCGGUCUGAUAACCCCACCUCUUAUCCAGAAUACUCGAGGAUUCGGGGCGUAUACAUUCUUUGCAGUCUUCUGCGCUUUGAGCGGGAUAUGGACUUGGUUCUGCGUGCCAGAAACCAAAGGGCGGAGCCUCGAGGACAUGGACCGGGUUUUCGGGGAUCGCGCUGCAGCAGCAGACAAAGUUCGGAGGAAGACAAUCCUCAAAGAGCUCAAGCGAAGUGAUGAUCAGAUCAAGCAAGAGGAAGCAAAGACGGCGUGAUUGCAAUCCAGGCGGAUCGACUUGCCCCGACCCAUUAUCGAUUGAAAAGCCUGCCGCUGAACUGGAAGAGUGGCUUUUCAUCGAGAGAGUCUACUUUCCGUGCUCCUCAC